AUGGCUGAGCACAAGGAGCCCAAUUUGCCUGGUGCCAAACAAAACACUAAAGUGUGGCUUGUGAAAGUUUUUAAGAUCUUUUCUCAGCAAUGGGCCAAAACUUGAAGGGGAGAAAUAGGAAAAUUGAGAAUUACUAAGAAUCAUAAAAGGACUGAAGCACCUUUUACUUUGAAUAAGGAACCUGCAUCUAUCCAUGAUAUUGGUGGAAAAUCUGCUUCUUUCAGGGCUCCUAAAGAAUAUCUGUUUCUCUUGCAAAGACAUUGAUUGCAUUGAUACUCUUUACAGAGAGCUCAUCAGAAGGCCAGCCUGAAGAAAAGUCCGAGAGGCAGUAAAAAUGAUAAAUUUUCAUUGGAAGAAAUAGGCAGACCUGCUGCCGGUGAAAACUGUGUGAGAUUGGAGAGGUUACAAAUGUAUGAAUCUUCAAAACCUGUAAGAUUAUUACAGCAGCUAGAAAAAGCUGUUGCAACCAAUUUUAAACCACAGGUUAAUCAUCAAUACAAUACCGAAUAUGAAAAGAAAAAGAAAUAAGAUGGAAAGUGUGCUAGAACUGAUAAUCAAUAGAUUUUGGACAUGUUUUCAUGUUUUGAAAAACAUUGGUAUUACAACAUUAAGGGUUUAGUGGGCAUCACCAACCAGCCUGUGAUAUACCUGAAAGCUAUCUUGAAAGAAAUAGGCAUUUACAAUUUUAAGGGAACCCAUAAAAAUACCUGGGAACUGAAGUCGGUAUACAAUUAUUACUAAGAGAGAUAAGAGGGAUUAGAAAGACCUCAUGGAUAUGUCAAGAAGAUGGUAGUAGGGUGGCUGAUGAUUGUACUAAGCAAAUCCUGCAGCUGUCUUCAAAACUUUGAGUAGUCUGUUAAAAAGAUUAAA